AGUUUGCCUAUAAACUCCGGUCCGGUUGGUGAGAAGUGAAUGCUAAUUGACGUCUGGUCCUCCAGUCCUCGGUCUGGGUUCAGUUGAAGUGAAUUCUUGAAGUGAACGCCAGGUGGACCAGAGACCGGUCCAGAAGCAGGAAGUGGACUACAGAGCUCGUUUUAUAAUUGGUUAUUGUAUUUGGUUUUUAUGUUGUUGCUGAAUUGUGAAAAACAAACAAACUUGACUUAGACACACAAUCGUUCCCACAACCCAAAAGAAUCUAAUUUAACAAAGAUUUUGUGCCUUUAUGUGAGUUUAGGGAACAUUUUAGGGCCAGACGCAGAUGUUCAGGGGAAGAGCAGCUGGAGUUGGACUGGAGCCCAGUGAGACUGUGAUUAUGCUGACUGGUCUGGUAUCAGCUGAUCUGGUUUCAUCUGGUCUGGUUUCAGCUGGUCUGGUUUCAUCUGGUCUGGUAUCAACUGGUCUGGUUUCAUCUGGUCUGGUUUCAUCUGGUCUGGUAUCAGCUGGUCUGGUAUCAGCUGAUCUGGUUUCAGCUGAUCUGGUUUCAGCUGGUCUGGUAUCAGCUGGUCUGGUUUCAGCUGGUCUGGUUUCAGCUGAUCUGGUUUCAGCUGGUCUGGUUUCAGCUGGGCGGUUUCUCUGAAGAUCUGCAGCUAUAAGUAGAGCUUCAGACUGUGUGGCGCUGUGGAGAUGGAGCAGAUGGAUUUCCAGUCUGGUUCUGCUUGCAGCUCCUCCUCCACAUGGAAGAUUUGACUCUUACUGCAGGAGUAAAAUCUGAAACACUGAUCAUGUUUUCUGGCUGAUUUACCAUUAAGCAGGAUGAUGAUUAACUCCACACAGGUUUUGUUUUUCACACUAACUGCUUACUUUCACUCUGAUGUUCUGAAUUAUUUGUAUUUCAGUGUUGUUCUGUGUCUGUAUGCCCUGAUCGUUUGCUCCAACGUCCUGCUGAUCGUGGUGAUCUGUGUGAACCGGACCUUACAUGAACCCAUGUACAUGUUCCUCUGCAGCCUGUUUGUGAACGAACUGUUCGGCAGUUUAGGUUUGUUUCCCUUCCUGCUGGUCCAGAUCCUCUCCGAUGUUCACAUCAUUUCUGCUCCGCUCUGCUUCCUGCAGAUCUACUGUGUUUACACCUACGCUCACAUCGAGUUCUGCAACCUGGCCAUCAUGUCGUAUGACAGAUACCUGGCCAUCUGCCGCCCCCUGCAGUACCACGCCCUGAUGACGCUGUCCCGGAUUGCCAGGCUGGUCGCGCUCACCUGGCUCUUCCCUCUCCUUGAGUCUGUAGCAGGAAUAUUAAUGACCGUCUCUCUGCAGCUCUGCGGAAACGUCAUCCAUAAAAUCUACUGUCACAACUACUCCAUCGUUAAGCUGGCCUGCGCAGACACCACAGCCAGCAACGUUGGAGGAAUAGUUUACAUGUUCACCAUAAUCCUGGGGAUUAUCAUCUUAAUCCUUUAUUCAUACGCUGAGAUCCUGAAAGUGUGUUUCUCUGGAUCCAAGCAGACCCGGCAGAAAGCGCUCAGCACCUGCGCGCCUCACCUGGCCUCGCUCAUUAACUUCUCCUUCAGAUGUUUCUUUGACCUGUUUCAGAGCAGGUUGGACGUGAGAGGAGUUCCUGAGGUGCUGCAGGUCGUUUUAUCGCUGUACUUCCUGACCUGCCAGCCGCUCUUCAACUCUCUGCUGUACGGACUCAACCUGUCAAAGAUCCGCAGCUUCAGCAAACGGCUGGUUCUGGGGACAGGCUGAGCUUCCUGCUCUGCAAAAACACAAAACCUUACCAAAUGUUUCAUAAUGUUUCAUGCAAAUGUGUUCAUGAACCUGAAAUUAGAUCUGAAGUUCGAUCUGUCAUGAUUACAGAUUUAGCUGGACGAUAAAUUGCCGCAGAAGUUAUUGCAAUAAAUGAUAAUAUUGUUGCUUUAAAACCAUUUCCAAGUAAUAAGAUGCUAAUUGCAUUCUCAAAGAUAAUUAACUUUAAAUUCCAAUGAACAUGUAACACUGGAAAUAAAAAUAUUAAAAAUAUCCAAAAUAAAUAAACAAAACUGCAGAAACAACAAAUAAAAUGAAUCAUAAAGUCUUUGUAAUAUCUGUCCUUUAACAAAUCUGUUAGCUGAGACCAAAGCAUCAGACUGAAGACUUUUAUCAUCCCGUUUUUGGAAAAACAAUAAAUUAUAUUUAUUGUACAAGUUGGAAUAAGAGAA